AGCGUAUUUCUCAACGGCGGGUGGGUACCUAAUUAUGUACAUGCAUGCAGUUAUGCAAACACUGUACAUCCACCUUAUUUCUUGGGUAUGCAAUAUUAUCGCGUCAAAUGUACGCACAGGUUCCGCAGGAAUAGUGGAGUGUGCAAAACACGGCUUGAGUUUGAAAAGCAGUAAAUCUACGGGAACGAUAUGCAAGAUUCAAAAGGCUUGAACACUUAUAACGGCAAAUACAAGCUACAAUGCUCAAACAACUCGGACCGAGAUUACGAAGAUCUCACUCUACAAAUGCGUGUGUAAAGAAGUUCCAGCUAUCAGUUGCUCCAGUAACAAUUACAAAACAGUGAGAACGCUGGGAAAAAAGAAGACAUAAAGCCGCAACUUCACCUUAAUAAAGACCCGCACUAACAACUCAUUUACCGCGCAUGCGCAUUGAAGGCAUACUAUGAAUGUUUUUAUGUGAUCUUGCUCCGGGGAUUCUCCCAAGAAUCUGAUUGGUUAUUCUGGUGUAGUGCACGUUGGGGCGACGGAGGAAGCGACCAAUAGAAAGUCGAAGGGAGGAGACGCGAGGGUUGCCGGUAGCCACAGCCAUUUUGCUGUUGGGGGCAUUGAAACCUGGCAGCCGCCGCCGGGAGAACUGUUGAAUAUCGGGCAGCGAGAUGUUGCGGCUGCGCUGUAAAGCCCGGAGUGGCUCUUACCCGCUGCCUGGACUCACGGCACAUUCUCGCCUGCGUGAGCUCCAGGCCGUGAUCGCUGCCCUCACCGGGAUACCCGUCGAGGCCCAGCGCCUGCUGCUCGGCUUUCCCCCGCUCGGCCUGGACCUCAGCGACGGGGAGCGGCGCCUCGGAGAGCUCGGUAUUCACUCGGGUGAUACUCUAAUAGUUGAAGAAGAUGCAACCAAGCCCAAGACUGAGUCACCCAUAGUUACAAAACGGACUGUUCCUAAUUCAGUCAGGGAAGCUGUCCCUGUACUUGCCCGGAAGGUUGUUCCAGCAGAUAACUCGUGUCUCUUUACUAGUGUAUACUAUGUGGUAGAAGGUGGGGUUUAUGACCCAGGAUGCGCCCCAGAGAUGAGAAAUCUCAUAGCUCAGAUAGUAGGAAGUGAUCCAGAAUCCUAUAGUGAGGCAGUACUAGGAAAAACUAACCAGGAAUACUGUGAAUGGAUCAGAAGAGAAGAUACAUGGGGAGGUGCAAUUGAGGUUUCAACUUUGUCUAAAUUCUAUCAAUGUGAAAUUUGUGUAGUGGACACACAGACGGUCAGAAUUGAUCGUUUUGGGGAAGAUGCUGGCUAUGCUAAACGGGUGCUUUUAAUUUAUGAUGGUAUUCACUAUGAUCCACUUGAGCGUAAAAUCCCCAACACAGAUAUUCCUCCCCAGACCAUUUUUUCUGCAUCCGAUGACGUUGUGCUUGCACAGGCUUUGGAGUUAGCAGAUGAAGCCAGAAGAAAGAGACAGUUUACUGAUGUAAACCGGUUUACAUUGAGAUGUAUGGUGUGUCAGAAAGGAUUAACAGGGCAAGCGGAAGCCAGAGAACAUGCCAAGGAGACGGGACACACCAACUUUGGAGAAGUGUGAAUUUUCUGUGAGGUUGGUCAUAUCUACUACCUCACUGAACAAGAACAAGCCUCCAGGUUUUAAAAUAAGGUGUAUGUAAUCAUAUGAAUCCGUUCUAAGCUUGAAAGCCCUAAACUUAAUUAUGGCAGAUGUGCACAGGUUUGCCGUGGUUAGUCUGAGAAGUUUACAGCAGCUAUAUCUGCUCUUUAAAAGAAUCUGAGUAACUGAUUUCUCUGUGACACAGCUGGGUAUAAACACACUACUGUAGCUAGCUAGAUUUGCAUAUAGGAUUUUAGAAUCAUUGAUGGAAUAAAAACCUCAGCUAGAUUAUUGAGUUCUUGAUUACACAAUCUACGGAAUAGUUAAGCUGGUCUCCAUUGAAAUAUUGCAAUUUUGUCUCACCUUUGUUCAUGCAAAAGUUUGUGCACUUGUGUAACUAAAAGCAGAUCAGCCAGAGUUGCCUCUUCAGUGUAGUAGUCUCAAAGUUGGACUAUUUCAAAUCACUGAACAAGCAUACCUCGUUUGUAUAAGCGAGUCUAUCACAAUAAAGGGCUUCAGCUUGAAGGUUUAGUCUUCAGUCUUAGGAAGUGAAAAGCUACCAGUAACUUAACAUUUCCUUAGUACUUAAUAUAGGUACCCAUUACUCCAUUUUAAACAGUGGCUUGGAAACAUGUGUACAUUGAUGGUGUGUUCUUCAAAAAUCACUGAAAUUGUAACAUUCCAAGCAAUACAAAUGAAUAUGUUUUUAAAAAGAAAUCAUAUAUUCAGAGUUCAAAUUUUGGGGGAUAUUUCAUGGCCCCCAAACUCAUUUGCCAUUUGCUUAAUGUGGAACUUUAUGGGCUGGGUUCCAAGUAAGCUGUCCUCCCCUCUAACUUGUACAUAUAGCACUGCUGGACUUCGAUAACUGCUGAUUCAUACUUCCAAGAAAAUGAACCUCAAAUAUGUACUCCCUUUAUGGUGUGAACAGAGGGGUUGGCUGGUUUUAUAAUGCUUUCUUGUCAGUUGAGGUUGGUGCUUUUCACUAAGAAUGGCAUCUUCUGACCCAUAUUAAGCAUCACAGUUUGAUGCCUUGCACUAUAUAUUUCUGGUUGCCAUUAUUAAAAUGACAGCUAGAGGUCUUGUACUUUGAUCCAAAUCUUAGUUUAUCACAUGGUUAAGCAGCACAGCCCUCUAGCUGCUGAGGCCUCUGAGAGGGUACCUUAUUGCCGGUUAUUAUAAGCUAUUUUCUACAUAGACUCUUUUGGAAUUGGGUCUUGAAGCUGCUUUAGUAUUUAGAUUGUACCUGGUGUUGGGUUAUGGCAGGCUAAAUAACUUUGAUCACUUGAAUGUUGUCUCUCUUCUUUAAUUAUGAAUAAUUAAAUAGCUCAGUUUACAUGUAGGAGGGGUUUUGUUUGGUAGGAAAAAAGGACCUUUGUAGAUGGUAGAAAACUCACAUUUACCCUGGGGCUAACUAGUUUUCAAAAGGCAAAGGUGGAGGUCAUGAGGAAAGGGGGAAAAACUGAAGUGGUUUACAAGGUGGUAGUGUUACAACUCGGUGUAUUAAAAUGGCUUCAUGAAUGCAAAAGAAUUAGGAACAGCAACUACAUUAAAAGAUCACAGAUUAACCCUGACACAGAAGUAUAGCUAAUCACUACUGGUACCAUAGACACUAGAUAAUGUGCCAUAGAUCUUUGUGUACCCAAAGGAAAAUCUCAUUUUCCUAUAAUUGGAGGACUGUGUCAUUAGAAGUCCCUCAACCCAUGCAUGAUCGGGAAAAUAAAUGGUUAGGAUGAGGGUAAAAUCACUAACUAGUCAGAGUAUAACAUGACGCUUGAAGAUGCAGGGAAGCAGGACUAGCAGCCAUAAUCACCAAUUUCAGCAUAGCAUAAAGUUGUUCUGUGACAAACAGGGUGGGGAUUUAAUCUAUGGCAGAGCCUAUGACAUCACUUCAGUCCAGAGUAUCUAAUAUUUGAUCGGUAUCAGAAUAAGAUUGCAACUGACAUGCAUUGACCUGUUGCACUUAGGAUGUUGACAUAGGUAUUUGUGCAUUCUGCUGUGUGGGCUGUUAGUAUGAGGUGCUAGAUCUUUUUUCUGUAAAGGCUUAUCACACGU